AUUGUCAUGCCCAGAACCCAUAUUUCAAACAAGAAUCUGCUGUACAUACAUUAUACAUUAUACAUGAUCUUUGGACAUGCCCAGACCAUGUCCAAAGAAGUCCAUAUAAAAUUUAUGUCAGAGUUGGUAUUGAUCAUGUCAAGAUAUAACGUUAGUAUAUCUUAUAUUAAGCUUAUGUAGCAAUCAUCAUCAAGUGAAAUUAGUUAGAAAUACGAUAAAAUUGAUGGCCAGAAGGGUGAGAAUGAAUAUUGUAUUGGUUGACUUUGGAGAAGGGUGAGAAUCACCAUGUGCUGGAGAUCACCAUUUACAAGGUGUGCAUUAAAAAGAACCUGGAGAAAUGUUCAGUUGAGCCUAACAUUCCUCAUCUGAUUCAAAAGAAAAUGGCAUCAACCAUCUCAGAUUCAGCAACAAUGAGAUAUGUAGUUGUAAAGGAAUUGGACUAGAGAUAUGCAGACAGUUAGCUUCUAAUGGAGUCAUGGUGGUAUUAACAGCUAGAGAUGAGAAGAGGGGUCUUGAAGCUGUGGCAAAGCUUCACGAAUCUAGCCUGUCUAAUGUAGUUUUCAUCAGCUUGAUGUGAUGGAUGCCAAUAGUAUCACUUCCUUGGAAAAAUUCAUUGUAGCCCAUUAUAGGAAGCUUGAUAUUUUAGUAAGGAAUCGAGCAUUUUGUGAGGAGCAUUUUUUUACUCAUUUUUCUUCUGCUAGGGGAAAAAAGGGAAAAAAAUCUUGGGGAUUUGGGAGUUUGAGAUUAGUAUGAUACCUCACUUACAGGGCUUUGAAAAUUUUAUACCUCAAUAAGGAAGAAAAGAAAAAACAUUUUAAUCAUGUAGGGAAACAUUUCUUGUUGCCUUACUUCAUCUUACCAUGAUAAGAACAAUAAAAGCAAAUUUAAGAAUACAAGAAAAUCGAAAUCAGGUAAGCUGCCAUUCAUUUGGAGUGAGUGCAAGCCAGGUGAAUAAUGCAGGGGUUAGUGGAGCCAUUGUCGACUGGGAAGCAAUUAAGACCUUAAAACUUGAGGACGGUAAGAAUAAUACUAAUGUAGCUGAAUUGCUGAAUAAAGCCUCAAAGCUAACUUAUGGGUUGGCUGAAGAAUGUGUAAAAACAAACUGCUAUGGCACCAAAGGGGUGACUGAGGCCCUUCUUCGAUGCCUUCUGCUAUCAAAUUCAGGAAGAAUUGUGAACGUGUCUGCAGGUCUUGGAAAACUUCAGUUUGUCUCCAAUGAAAGGGUUAGAAUGGAGCUAAAUGAUGUUGAUGUACUCUCAAUAGAGACAGUAGAUGAGAUAGUAAAUGAAUUCCUCAAGGAUGUUAAGGAUGACAUGUUACAUGACAAAGGCUGGCCAACUCAGACAUCUGCAUAUACAAUCUCCAAAGCAGCCAUGAAUGCUUACACAAGGAUUGUUGCCAAAUCAUACCCAAGUCUCCUCAUAAAUUGUGUUUGUCCUGGUUUCGUCAAAACCGAUACGACUUCCAACACCGGUCUCUUCACUGUUGCAGUGGGUGCCAAAGGCCCUGUUAUGUUGGCUUUGCUUCCAGAGGGAGGACCUUCUGGCCUCUUUUUCGAAAAGAUGGAGGCAUCAACCUUUUGAUCAUAAGUCAGUUACAGGAAUGAGUUGGUUUCCUGCUUUAUGUAUUUCCUAUGGUUGUAUUUGUAAGGUUAUCCAACUUUUCCUAUUGCUUUGCUGAGACAAUGGGGUGAUGAAUGUGAAGUUUCUCUUGUAUUCAGUGUUAUAAUCAUGAACUUUAGCUGUGUCUGUGACAAUUGAUAAUCCUUUUAAAAGUAGGAACUAGGAAACCGGUCUCAUUUCUUACUUUGUAAUGUUCAUUUUUUAUUCAUUUCAAUAUAUGCAAAUUAAUUCUUAUUUA